CGACAGUGCGGGGCGGGGGGGGGGGGGGUUAGCCGGGGGCUCGGCGGGCGGUACCUGGCCUCCCGAACGCGGCCGCAGCGGCCGGGCCCCGCGGCGGCGAUGGAGCGCCGGCCCCGGCGGGGUUCUCUCUGCUAACGUUUGGCGCUGUUCCCUACGGACGCGACGCACGGGCGAGACCGGGAUCCGCUAACGGGGACUUUGCCUCGGGCGUUGGGCUGCCGGCGGGCGGGCGCCACCGCCCCUCCCAUCGUCCCCGCUGCGCUCCGGUGUCAGGAUGCCGCUCCCCGAGAGGACCGCCGCGGCGGCCGAGGGGAAGGGAAUGGUCAGGCCCGGGCUCCGGACUCGCGGGGCCGAGCUGCAUCGCAGCCCGGUUUCCCCGUAGGAGGCAAACGGCUCCCCGCAGGACUGAAGAAGGGGCCCGGAUUCCUUGCUUCCCCAGGCCGCCGGCCCCGCCGCAGACCUGCGCCUAGGGAGCUCUCGGCUUGCCCGGAAGCGCACCGCUAGCUGGGGAGGGGGAGCCGGGGACGCAGCGACCGCGAGAAGGAUGAAAGUUUACUGAGCGCGGCUGCGGCUUCCGCGGAAGCCCCGCGGAACGGGGGUCUCCGUACGUCGUGGACGCCGCGCUCACUCCGGCACCCGUCUGGAAAAAGAGGGAGGGGGAAGGGCACGCCGGCAGCUUCGCUGGCGAUGCGGCCGCGGGCUGGUGAUUUUUAGAAAGUGUCCCAGCGGCUACUGUUUCUGAAGGCUGACUACGACGGCGUCCAGGCGGGGGACGCCUCCCUGCGCUCCCGCCCCCCCCCCCCCCCUCGGUUCCAGAGCCUCAGCUUUUCUGUGGGACAGCGGGAGAAAGCCUGACUCGUUUUUGGGGCGCCAGGAAGAAGCCCUUUUGGGGAAGGGAGGGGGCACUACCACUGCUCCCAUCUCGGGGGGUAGGGUUACGGAAAGGGUGGUCUAGCCUUUCGCUGCCAGUUUCCCCAGAGAACCUGUUGGCCAAAUGGCUUUGGUCUCUUUCCACCCCCCCUGCGGCGGCAUCUCGCCAUGAGGAGGGAAUUAAAAGUUGGAGGACGAGGUCUCCGAACCCGGGAUUGAGCGUCCCCCUUGUAGCCAUUUCCAAUCGAUAGUUCCCCCGCAAUGAGUCCCUUAAAUAGCCAGCACGGUGUGCCGUGGGAGUGAAGGCCACCGGAGACGGAGAUGACUCUGUUUUGAGAGCCGAUCGGAGAGAACAAGCAACUGUUUUAAAGGGACAAGAGAGGGGGAACAUGGAGGACUUUGCCACUAGGACCUAUGGCACCAGUGGCCUGGACAACAGACCCCUGUUCGGAGAGACGUCGGCGAGGGAUCGUGUCAUUAACUUAGUGGUUGGCAGCUUGACAUUCUUGCUGCUUCUGGUAACUUUGAUCAGUGCUUUUGUGUUCCCUCAACUACCUCCAAAACCACUGAAUAUAUUUUUUGCUGUUUGCAUCUCCUUGAGUUGCAUUACUGCCUGCAUACUUAUCUACUGGUAUCGACAAGGCGAUUUGGAACCGAAAUUUAGAAAUCUAAUUUACUAUAUCUUAUUUUCUAUCAUCAUGUUAUGUAUAUGUGCCAACCUGUACUUCCACGAUGUGGGAAAGUGAUGCUGUCAACGAAUAAAACUAAGACUGUUCUCGGCUACAAAUUAGGACUCUGAACAGGAAUUCUGGUAAAGUAAACUGAAGAUGAAGCAAGAUUGUGCAGGAAUUCAAUACAUGAUUUUCAUGUUAACUGCAGAUCUAAAUUCCCUCUUGUUUGGGAGCUACGAUGUGACAUUGUGCUUUUUCUUUUUUACAGAGCUAAUGUUGCACUUAUGAACAUUCCACAGAUUGAUUCAGAAUGGCACAAGUUAUUUUCACUUUUGAAAUCUUAGUACAUUGUAAAAAAAAAAAAAAAAAAAAAAACUAUCACACUGGGAGGGGAUUAUAUAACAAACAUCUUAGAGCUCUAAGACAAAUAUUCUUUUAUUUCUGUUUAAACUGAAUAUACAAUUAUUUUGUUCCCUAUGCAACCAACCAUUGCUUGUAACUACAAUUUAAUUUCACAUUAACAAAAAAAAAGCACAUUAGACAAAACUCUGAUUGUGAAAAUCUAAUUACAAUAAUAAAUAAAAUAAUUUAUACAAUUUUUUUUUUGACUCUUCUAUAGGGAUCAUAUUCAUCAAAGCCUUAUAGGUCAGUCAGUUUUGUCUUGGCUAAAAUGCUUCUAAUAUAGGAAUGAUUUCUUGAUUUGUUUCCUUCUUCCAUUCCAUAAGCAAAUUUAAAAACAAACCCCUGAGUAGGAGAGGCUGCUACGCUGUACUUCCUCUUCACCAUUGUUUUCCAAACACCAUCAAUGGUUCUGUGUUGCCUUUAGUGUAACAAAUCCACUAAGCAGUAGCUGCCUAGUAUUUCUGGGGACAUUAUUAUUAAAUAAGGGACCAUCUUUAUUUUAGUCAGAACAGUGACUUCUUGAAUGGUUGGAGUGUGAAGAGAGCUACUCUCAUCCCUCCAGAGUCUCCUUUUAAAACUAAUUGCAUUGUAGCUGAGUUUUCUUCAAUAUAUUUAUUAAUGCUUUUAUGACCAAACCCAAAUCUCAUCACUAGUAGUGGGCCAGCCGGAAGCCUUCAUGAGAAAAUGUAAUCUUAAAAAAAAAAAAAAAAAAAAAAAA